AUGGAUAUAAUUGAUGAGUAUCUUUUAUGUGACAAAUUAGUUUCAAGAGGCACACGCUUUGAAAAGAACUUAUCAUGGAAGCUGAGGGAAAUAAAGAAACGGGCUUUAGUUGUCUGGAUCGUGUUGAUUGGGAACGCCGCACUUUACGUUACGGUACCCAUCUUCAUACCAGGGAGACAUUUCACUGAAGAUCUAUUCGUAUUAUAUGGAUUAGAACCAAUGUUCGAAACGCCAAAUUACGAAAUUUCGUUUAUAAUUUUGGUAGCGGGAGUAUACUUUGCCGUCUUCACUUUAGUGCACACAACAAUUUUUACAAUAAUCAUUAUUGGAUAUCUUGAAGCGAUAUUGUUGGCUCUGAGUGAGGAGAUGGAUCAUAUUUGGGAUGAUAGCGAAAACUUCUAUAAAAAGCAGAAAGAUGCAAUCAAUACAAUACAAUAUAUACAAAGUGCAAUCUACACGAAAGACGUGUUGAAAAAUGCUUUCAUAAAAUAUCGACUCGGUCAUAUCAUACAAUUUCAAAUCGUUACUUUGAAACUCAAAAGGAAGAUUGAUAAGGAGCUAAGUGUAUUUUUUAUGGUGGAAUUCCUUUUCUUGGCCGUUGCUAUCGUCGCUGAACUGAUUGGGGGUUUAGAAAACACAUAUCUAGAAGUUCCGUAUACUGGUGGCCAAGUGUUCAUAACAUGUCUUAUAGGGCAGAGACUUGUUGAUGCGGGUAUCGCUUUCAAGCGGUCCCUCUACGGAUGCAGAUGGGAAAAUUUUAAUACAUCUAACCAAAAAAUGAUUUUGCUAAUGUUGCAAUUUUCUCAGAAGACGUUAACAUUAUCGGCCGGUGGUAUUACAGUUUUGAGUUUUCCUUGCUUAAUGUUCAUCAUGAAAUCCACGUACUCUGCUUAUACGACUUUAAAAUCAUCUGUCUAUAAAUCACCAUAA